AUAACGCCGAGAGUCAGUCGUCUGCCUUUCAACGACGCAGGACGGACUCGAUUAGUUAUUCCUCAAAUCGUUUUUCGAAAUCGAUGUUACCAGUGAGGACGGACAAGUGAGAAGAAAGAAAGAUAAUCACAAUCAGUGAGCACAAAACGAAUGUAAACACGGUAACUGAACAAAGUGUCCGAUCGGUGAUCUAAGAGUGUUUUUUUUUGUAAACUGAAUCGUGAUCUUUUUUCCUCGAUCAUUCGAUUCACCAUGAAUCGUAAUUUCUUCUUCAUCCUGUUAAUAUCAUUUAGACUGUCGCGGGGUGCGAAAAUUCUCGCGAUAUUUCCCUACCAAGGUAAAAGUCAUAACAUAAUGUUCGAGCCGUUGUCGAGCGGUUUGGCAAAAGCGGGUCAUUCGGUUGAUUUGGUUAGUCACUUUCCUCCGGAUGAACACGUACCCGGAUUGAAUCAUAUCAGUUUGAAAGGAACUCUUCAUUUCUACGUGAACAAUAUGACGGCGACCAAAGCAUUGUCGAUGAAAUCGUUCGUCGGGGUGAUGAAUUUUAUAUCUCGAGACGAACCCCGCGACCUUUGCAACCUUAUGAGACUUCCACAGCUUCAAAAUAUUCUGAAUACCACCGAAAAAUAUGACGUUAUGAUCACCGAGAUCUUCGGAACAAAUUGUUACCUGGGCUUUGCGCAUAAAUUAAAACUUCCCGUCAUUGGCGUAAUUUCCAGCGCGAUGUACGCCUGGGCGUACGGGCCGUUUUUCGACACUUCUAAUCCGAGUUACAUACCCUCACAGUUGACCGAAUUUGGCCACAGAAUGAAUUUCUUUGAAAGAGUCAGCAACCUAAUGACACAUCUGGGAUCGGUGAUAUUAUUUCAUUAUUACGAUAGAACCGUUUCCGAACCAAUCGUCAAAAAAUACAUCGACGAUCUUCCGCCGCUCAAUGAUCUUUACAACGACAUGAGUCUUGUGCUGGUUAACAGUCACACGAGCAUUCACGGAGCGCGUUUGAAAAGUCCAGCGGUAAUCGAUGUUGCUGGACUCCACAUAAACGAAACCGUCGACCUUCCCGAGGAUCUCGAGUCGUGGAUGAACUCGGCCAAGAACGGUGUCAUCUAUUUCAGUUUGGGUACAAUGAUAAAACCCGAGACAAUUGGUUCGGAAAAGAUUUCAGCGAUUUGUGAGUGUUUUGCCGAAUUGGAGGAUUACAAAGUACUCUGGAAGGGAAAAAUGGAAGAGAUGCCGGCAGGGCUUCCACCGAAUGUAAAAAUGAUCCAAUGGAUUCCCCAGUACGCGGUACUCCGCCAUCCAAAAGUAAAGGUUUUCGUAACUCACGGCGGAUUAAUGGGUACAUUGGAGGCGAUUCACGCCGGUGUUGCAAUAAUUGGCAUUCCAUUUUUUGCGGACCAAUAUUUCAAUAUCGCCUCUUAUGUGGAUCGAGGUUUUGCCGUAAAAGUAAACUACGAGAAUCUCGACAAAUCUACGUUAUCGAACGCCCUAACAUCGGUUUUAACCGACCCAAAAUACGAAAGAAAUAUUCGCCAUUACUCGAAACUUUUCAAGGACCGGCCACUCUCUCCCAUGCAAGAGGCUAUUUACUGGGUCAAUUUCAUAAUUCGCAAUGGUGGCAAUUCUCUAAAGCCUCCAGUGUCUCAUCUAUACUGGUUUCAAUAUUACAUGAUCGACGUUAUACUAUAUUUAACGAUCAUUACAAUAUUAUCGCUCCUCGCCAUAUUUGUUAUAUUCAGAAAACUGAUACGUUUGUCAUGUUUGAAAAAUUCACCGGCAAAUAAAAUUAAGACUUCGUAGCUCCGGCAGACGCAUGUGAUGAGGUUGAUGAAAAUUCGAUCCGUGCGUGCUGAAUAUGAGUAACUACUUUA